UUGUGACUCAGUUCCGGUAACUUGACGUGGCGUCGCGAGCGUCCCCUCUUCACGCGGAGAAAGCCGCGGCUGCUCGCUGGGGUAGGGCGUGUGUGUCGUGUUAGUGGGGUUGGUGAACUUUUUAGCAGGAAAAAUAGCCGCCCUUCGUCCUGUCGGUAACACCGGAAGCCAUGAACGGAAAGUCCGCGAACGGUACAGCGGGGGGGAUGGCCUGCAUCGAGGGGCUGCCGCCGCUGCCGAAGAGCCUGAGCGGGCUGUUGAACUCGAGCGGCGGCUCGUGGAGGGACAUGGAGAGGAUGUACGUGAAGAAGACCAUGAUCCAGGACGACCUGAGCCGCGGCAGGAACGCCGAUAACCUGCUGGCCAACAAGCCGGCCAACCUCGACGCUGCGCUGGCUCUCCUGCGGAAAGAAAUGGUGGGACUGCGUCAGCAGGACAUGUCUCUGCUGUGUCAGCUGUGGUCGCUCCAUGAGUCCAUCCAGGAGUACAAGGGAAGCUGCCAUGACCUGAGCGCUGCCUCCAGCCUCAGCAUGAUGGAGAACGGCUUCUUCGACGAGGACGACGAGUAUUAUGGCGAGCCGGGCACCACCCCCACCGGGGAGCAGCCCGACGGGGAGGCAGGCGCCAAGAACGGGAGCGUGCGCAACCGGGAAGACAGCUGGCCUUCCUUUCACGUCAACAUCUGAGGUCCGGUUCUGUUGCUAUCCCGGAUUGGCGCUCCGAGGGCCGAGUUGGGCUGCAUGUUCCUGCAGAACGGCUCCGACAAACUCCUCCCACUCUGAAUUUAGCAGUACUCUCUUCUGAUCAAGAGCUGCUGCUUCUAGACCUGCUAUUCUUCCGUAGCAGAGCCUUUCUUUUUUAUAUCCUCCAAAGUAUAUGAACAAAGUUUAUUAUUUAAGCUAUAUAUCUAAUAUAAAGAUGAACUUAUUGUUCUGCACCAUCGAGGUCCAGACUGAGAACAUCCACUGCAUCAUCCCUGAAUUCUGGACUUGGGAGCGGAAGGAUGCAGGAAGAAAUCCUAAAGGAAAACCUCGUAAACGUGGUCGGUUGAAUGUGCGGACAAAGGUUUGUCUUGUUUUUAUGUGGCAGAGCUCUGAAGUGAUCCAGAAUAAUGGCUGAAGCCAUGAAAAGAAGCAUCGGAGCCCAAGAAGCACAGAGUUGGUUCUGGUUAAUCAAUCGAUGUUUACAGCAUUUCUCCACAAAACCAGCUUUAAAGAAAUGAGAACUUAAAGCAAAGGUCGGUUAGCAGUGGGCUCUCUGGUUCUUUAGAUCAUUUUCUGGACAUUUCUGAUUUUUACACAUCAUGUGUCUCGAAUCACUUACUAAAAAAGCUACACUGGUCAGUUGUUUGGAAAUGGGUCAUCAAGUUAUUGAACAAACUAACAAAAACCAUUUUCUCUAAAGUUGAGUGAAAAAAGGCAGAAGAAGAAACAUGUCUGAGGAGUAAUGGAGACACAAAUGAGGUCUAAAAUGUGCACAUUUUUGUAUUCCUGCCAGCAUUUAGUACAGAAAAUAGAAUUCAUAUGAUAUUAAGUGUGAAGUUCUCUGCUUCCUCUGACAUCUGCGGUUCUGCAGAGGCCGAGCUUCAGGAUUGAAAUCGUCUGAGGUGGAAAAUGUCAGACAGGAUGUUCCAUCAGUCUAGUGCUGGUCUGUGCUUUGAAUUAAGGAAAACUUAUGACAUAAAAAUGUAAAAACAAAAUACAAUUGUGGAAUUGAUGUACGACAAUGAAUCUUGCAGCAGCUAAAGAUUGUCCGAUGCAAACCUCUUCACUUUAUUUCUUAGUUUUUGUGGAAGAGUUCUGUCUGGGUUCAACCAUUGACUCUACAUGAAACCUGGACCGAGCGAGUGUGAUGUCACCCAUAGAAAAUGGUUCACUUCCAACAAAAUUAAGUCAAUUUGGUCUCCUUUUUUUCACAAUGCAGACAUCGCCAUGUUGGAGCCAGAAAUACUCAGUAAUAAGUGAUUGGUCUGAGUUGGUCUGUUAACGUUUCUGGCAACAACUCUCACCAAUUAGGAGUGAGCCUGUUGGAAGGCCUCACCCCUGAAGGUGGUCUUCAUGAAAUCUGUCAAUCAGGUGUUUUGAACGUUUGGCCUCAGAUGUCUGAUUGGUCAGUUUAUAACUUGAAUUACGUACCAAAAAUAUAGGAUUAUCAAGAACACGUUAAUAAAAGGAAGCAGAUCAAGAAUGGAUCCAGAACUUUAGGGUCCAGGGGAGCUUUCGCAUCAGCCUUAACCAAGAAAAAAGUAUUUGGGCUCAGCGCCUCAUAGCCUGUAACCUCACUAGCUACUUGUUUUGAACAUGUUGGUGUGUUUUGGUCCAAAUCAUGACCAAAAAUUAAAGAUGGAACCCAUGGGUGGUAGGUAGAAGUCUUCAAGGUGGUACAAAGGGCUUUCAAUAAACUGUUUGCUGUCAGUCGGGGCAGUCCAACCCCAGUCAAGAUGUAUGACCCUGAUGGUUAAGGAGCUGGAUCAGGUGAUUCCAGGCUAAAUAAACAUCUGUUCUGGGUAUUCAGCAAGACGGGGUUGUAGAUCUUGGGGGAUCAGGAUUAGCUUCAGGAGUAACACGUCAAGUUUUUCCUUUCAUGUUUUCUGCUUUUACAACAAUAGAAUAAACUUCCAUUGAAAAGUCUUAAUAAUCUCAAUAUUACUCCACUAAUAAGAAACAUUUCUCAGCUUUAGUUGAAAGGAACUUUAAGGAUUUAUUUCCAACUGACAUCUUCAAGUCUUGAUUGUCGAUGGAUCUCCGCCACGCAGAGUUCCAGUCGUCCCUUCCAAACCUGGGUCCGAUGUGUUCAGUCAGUAAAAACCACCCAGAAAACACAUCUGUGAGUUUGGCAGGGUAGCUGGAGAACGAGCAGCUUUGUGCUCUGGCAUCGCAUUAAACUAAUCCUGAAACUGAGAAGUCUUUUAUUUUGAAAUGGGCACAAAACAAGAAACAAUCCUCUCCAGGUUUUGGCUGGUGUUCAUCACGGCUCCCAAGGCUUUAACUCGUGAUCACGUUUAGAAGCUUUGGACCUCAAAUCAAUUAAAAACAAAAUAUCAAGAAAAAAUAAUUCAAAGAUUGUUGGCUGAAGUCUAAUCCACAGAUUCCUUUUUUCUGGGCGUGGUCUCUUUCAGUGCCUUUGUUAACCAAUGGCUGCUUUUCUCCAGCCUGCAGAGAAUAGACCAGCCUUUAAACACUGCUGGGUUGUAAAGCUGCUGCAGUACAUGUGGAUGUUCAAACGUAUCCCUUAAACCCUAAGGUUGUGUGUUGCAUCACUGUUUCCUAACUGCAAUCCUGCUGUUGCUGGAUGACAAAUUUCUCAGAAUAAAGGCAUGAAGGACAAUACAGUAGACCCCAAACAGCUGACGUUUGGGUCUAACACAUCACAAAUGUCUUUGAAGUUUCUCUCUGUUCCGCCAUAUGACAUUUCUCAAUGUAUUAAGGUCUUUUAUGUCAGAUUUGAAACCAUUCGAUGUUUCACACAACGCGAAGAAUGAUCCUCUUCAGUUAAAUCUGUAAAGAUGAGCUUUAUAGCAGCACCAGCUGAUCGAACCUGAAUUUCCUUUUUUUUUUAAUGUGAUAGAUGGAUGUAAAAACACAAAGAUGUCAUCAGCAUAUCUGUUUUUGUUGUGUUCAGACCAUUUUAAUGUAACACCGAGGCUGUUCUUUGUGUUUUCCUCAUUGAAUCGUGAUCUAAAUGUAUAUAAUGCAGUGCCGUGCUCAUGUGGAUUUGAAUGUUGCCAACUUGGAAUAAUCGUCACUCAAAGGCGGUUCAGAGAACUCCAAACAGGAACGGAGCCUCGAAGCCUGGUGACUUAUGAAGGUCGUCUCUAACAGCGAUCACGCCUCAGUUAUCACUUCUGGAUGUUUGAAAUCGUCCUACUGUUUAUGCAAAUCUGGGUUUUUGGAUCUGGUUAACCCUUGUGCUAUCCUGGGCACUUUACAGUUGGGUCAUCUAGACCCACUAGACAGUGCGCUGAACCUUUUUUUUUUCAAUGAUUUGUGAUCUUCACUGGUGUCCAUGGAUUACAUGGAAUCCUCUCCACCUUUGUCAUGGUAGGAAUAACAUGUCAAUGUAAGGGUGGGGUCAUCUGGACCCUAUAAGAUAGCACAAGGGUUAAACAAAGGAUCCGAUCUGUUUCACAUGCUUGAUUCAGAAGGAAGCUCUGAACAAAACAGAGGUGUAUGUAACCUAAUGCUUUCUUGAAAUGCAUAUCACUCAUAGUUGGUCGUUAAGUGGAGGAAAAAUGUCUGAAUAAAUAAUGAUUUGGGGCAAACUUA